AUGCAACUCUUGAGGGCACUAGGAUUCUUCCAUGUAAACAUGAUCCUAUUUAGUGCCACCCUGGGGACAGGGAUUUUUGUGUCUCCUAUAGGAGUGUUAAAAUACUCCUCACUGAACAUCCCUGUCUUCUUCAGUAUUUGGGCAGGCUGUGGCCUUCUGAGCAUAAUGAAUGCUCUCUGUCUUGCAGAGAUGGCAAGCAUCUUCCCUGUGAGUGGAGCAUCUUAUUAUUUCCUCAAAAGAUCUCUUGGAUCCUCCAUUGCUUUCCUCAGUCUCUGGAUAAAAUUGUUUGCUAAUUUUCUAGGCAUUGGUGCUCAGUCGUUGCUAAUGGCUACUUCUAUAAUCCAGGUAUUCUAUUCUGGGUGCCCUGCUCCAGAGCUACCAACGAAAUGUCUAGCUUUGGCUAUUUUGUGGUCAUUUGGAAUUCUCAAUGCUCAAGGGAUAAAAACAGUAGCUUGGUUUAAUACUGUCAGCAGUAUAAUGAAGUUGAGUGUUCUUGGCUUCAUUUCUCUGACUGGGAUUGUGCUGUUAGCGAAUGGCAAAAAGGAGAAUAUGUCCAGGUUUGAGAACGCUUUGGACGCUGGACUUCCUAAUGUCUCACAGAUUGCAGAUGCCAUUCUCCAAGUGUACUACUCAUAUCUAGGAGCAUCAGUCCUCGUCAUCAUCGCAGGAGAAAUAGAAAGGCCAUCUGAAGCAAUCCCUAAAACAUUAAUUUAUGGUCUAUCCACUGUGACUGUGUUAUACUUAUUGACUAAUAUAUCAUACUUGACAGUUUUGACAACCCAGGAAAUCAUCUCUGCAGAUUCUGUUGCUGUCACAUGGAUGAACAGAGUCUUUCCUUCCAUGCAGUGGAUAGUUUCUUUGUUGAUCUCAGCUUUCCUAGUUGGCUCUGCUUCUUGUGGAAUAGUUUCUGCAUCAAGAACAUUCUAUUCUGCAAGUCUAGAGGGACAAUUUCCUUUUAUCUACUCAAUGCUUAAUGACCAUCACUCUCCGGUUGUAGCUGUCAUCCUGAUUGUUAUUUUAUCUUCUGUUGCAGUAAUAUCUUCAAGUAUGAUAUAUUUAGUGAAAUAUGUUAGUCUAGGAGCAUGGUGUAUAAACUUGCUGCAGCUGAUUGCAUUGCUUAAGCUAAGGUACCAGAAGCCUAAUCUACCAAGACCUUAUAAGGUGUGGCUGCCAUUUAUAUUUGGAUCUAUAGCGACAUCACUUUUCCUCAUUUUCACACCAGUGAUUCAGGCACCUAAUAUAGAGCAUGUUUAUCAAGUUGUGUUUCUUUUCUGUGGGCUUCUGUGUUACUGGAUUCAAGCUAACUUUAAGGGACGUGCUGCUUGUUUUGACACAAUCACUUGCUACUGCCAAUUACUUUUCAAUGUCUCCCCAUCUGAAGGCCCAGAAAAGUCAAUUUCUUCUCUAAAUCCUGACUAA